UAAAAUGUGUAUUUAAAUGUUACAAACUAAUACUUUUUUUAUGGUCUUACAAACAUAUACACGACAAUUCUGCACCAUGGUUUGUAGCAACAAAGCUUAUCUAUGCAUAUAAAUCUAUCUUAAUUCACAAAGGUGCACAUAAGAACUGGGGUCUGGAACUGAACCCGGACUAGACCUGACCCGUAGAGUUGAAAUUUGUAACCCCGUACUUUGAAACCGGUUUGAACUAGGUCGAACACGACCUAAACCAGUUGAGAUAUGGUUUCAAACCUGUCAAAUCCAAUCCGUUCCUCACGAAAACCGGUUACAACACGACCCGGCUUGGCUAGAACCUGCUUAUGACUUUUGGUGACCCAACCUGACCCGGUUUCAACACGAUCCAGUUUCAGCCACCAUCGGUUCAUGGUUAGAAGAGGAAUGAAUAACGGAAUUCGGAACUGAAAUGGUUGAAUCUUACCUCUAUUUACCGGAGUUACACACAUGCAAACAGAUCGGCCACCACCACCAUUUAACCACGGUUGCCUUACCUCGAAAUCACCAUCAGUUACCACCGUUGACGGAGCAUGUCAAUGGUGAAUUGGUUUCGCCAGAGUUCGCUUUAACCUCACCUUAAUCACCUGUUUCGCCGGAAGUCACCAUCAGAACCCUAGCUGUCUGUUCUGAUGAAGUCGCCGAUAAUUGAAAGUCUAAACCCUAGCCGCCAUCCCCAGCUAGUUAUCAGACCUCCGGCAAGUGGUUGGAUGUGAAGUCCGGUGUUCAUGGUGGUGUGCGGUAGCUAUUUGUUGCUGGUAUCGUUACCAUGCUCCAAAUGUCUUUGUUGAAUUGGUUUCUACUCAGGUUACCCGGGAGGCAAGGAAGUAGUUUUUGGCCAUGUUCACUGCUAUUGCCGCGUGUUUUCAUGUGCGUUGUCCUUAAUGUGUAUGUGGGGGACGUGGCAAGUGACCCUUUUCUCAAUAUAAAAAGUUGAAGAAAUGUGUGUUCGUGUUUGAUGAAGACACAUGUAACAAUCGUCAAAUUAAGCCAACCACACAUGUCAAACACUGUUCAAAACCUUCAUAUAUUAGUAGUAUGAUAAUAACGAUAAUAUUUGGCAAAAACUAUCGAUUUUAAAGGUUGCUUGGCCGCCGGUCGGUGCCAGCUCUAGCAUACUCGCAUUCUCUCUCGGUAGUCUAUGGCGAACGGCUUGGUUUUGUCAUGCCAAGUGUGUGGGUCUGUGGCCAUGGAAGAUGGUUCUGAUGGCUUUCUUUACUGCCAGCAAUGCGGGUCUCAAGAUGAUGGAAUUAGGGCCACUGUUGUUGAUGAUGCCGAAAUGCCUUUGUCCCGAGAGGUUCUUGAACAAGAUGGAAGGGAUGAAGAAAUCCAAAGGCUCAGAGAGGAGAUUACGCACAAGGACUAUAACUUGAGUGUUGCGGAUUCAACUAUCCAGGAUCUGAAUGACAAGUUGCAUCAAGCGUUGGAAACAACCGCCGCUUAUGAGGGAAUGGAUGUUAAGCUUCAAAGAGCUAGAAAGAAGCUGAUUAAGCGCGGUAAAGACCUGGUAGAUAUCAAGACCGCAUUAGUGAUAUCCAAGGAUGAGUAUAGCAAUGCGAUGGCUCAGAUAGCUCUACUAAAGGCGGAUGUGGACUAUAGGAAGGCGAAAGUGAAGUUUUUGAAAGGAAAAUUGAAGAUAUUGCGACAAGAACAUCAAGAGAAGUAGCCGCCUUCUGAGAUCUUUAUAGUAGUUUGGUUUGUUUUGAGUUAGACUUAUUUUAUGAACUGAAUCCAUUGAAAGGUACGUGACUUGUCCCACAUCGGUUGUAUGGACAACUAAUGUGGGACUUAUGUUAGUCUCCCAAGUUUUUGAGAUCUAAGACAAGAUUUUAUUUUGAGCGAAUAUGUU